AUGUUAAUCUGUUCUGAGAAUCUAAAACACAAACAACUUUCACCAAGCUUAACGUUGCAGACUUCAUUUCCAUACCUUCACCAAUGUCUUGAGGCAAUUGAAAGAAGUCUAGAAGAAGUAGUGAAAUUUCAACAGAAAAAUGCUCUUUUAAUUGACGCCGACGGGAAAGUAGAAACAUAA